UGUGACGAUGGCAGUAAAUACGCGGAAGUGAUUAUUUUUUUAAACAGUAGCAGACAAAGCAGGACUUAAUAAACCAGACGUUCAGGCAUCUCAUUGAUGUAAAAGCCUACACAUAGACUACAGUUUCAUUGUGUUUUAUUAAGUGGUCGUCAAAACUAGGAACAAGGAUGAACACAGAAAAAAAAGAAGCGCUCAUGUCAUCAGAUUACGAGUUUUCAAAGAAUCUUGUACUUAGGUCACUGAAGGAUCAGGUACAGAGGGCGGGAAUAGAAGCAUCAUCUCUUCCUGAACCACAGCCAAUGAAUGAUGACCAGGAGCAGCUCCUUGACCAGGUUGCCACCUUAACUAGAGACAUCGGCGACAUUCUCGAUCGGAAUACAUAUUUCAAUAAGAUGGUUGGUAAGCUUGCAGAUGUGGCAGAUAUACGGAGUUUCCAGAAACUUGUAGAAAAAGUGUUUGUUGACGGCAUCACCUGGGGGAAAAUUAUUACUCUAAUCUGUGUUAUUGGUAAAGCAGUUGCAAAGAUUCUUGCAAAUUCAGCCCCAACCAUUGUGUCUUGGACACUGGACUACUUCAGGAAUUACCUACAGAACUGGAUCUGCAGUAGGGGAGGAUGGGUCAACAGUAUCUAUACUUUGGCUCGUUCCUCUUAUGAGCUAGAUUUUGGUUCCUCAUCCAACCCAAUCCCCCUUUCUUCUGGAGUAAUCUUCCUCAGCGGAGCACUACUGGGUGGCUUUGUUGUCUGGAGAUUAAAGAGAGGUGCCUGAGGAGGAGGAAGUGGAGGGCCGAUAAAGUGAGAAAAGGAGGAAUGCUGGGAUUUACACAUGCUACGGACCAAAACAAAGAUACUUUGGUGACCAAAUAAAAGAGAAAUUAGGCUGUUUAGGAAUAUUAUGCAAAAUGAGAGUGGAUGUGAAAUAUUGUGAUUUUUCUUUCACCUCUGAGUCCAUGUGACAAAGAUGAAGAAUGAGGGCACUUACAAUUCAUCACAUCCAGAAUGGGACAUAGUGUAGCAAUAACCAGCAAUAUUUCAAAUAUCCUAGAUCUGUGCCACGAUGACUGUUCACUGUCAUUUUAGAGACACUGAUAUUAACCUCUACCUCAUUUUUACUUGUGCCAUUGUUUUAACUCAUUGUACUCAUUAACUACAUUCUGUUGUCAGACUAACCCCUCUUUCACACCGCAAGUGUGAGAGAUGCGCGAGCAGCGCGUCCACGCAACUACCUCGUCACUGUAGAAGCAGACUCUCGCGAGUAUUCACACUGGAAGCGUCUAAGUACAGCAUCACAGCAGCGGCUUCAAAGCGUGUUCGGCAGAUAGUAUAAACAUUUCAAACAAUGGGUAUAAUUCUUUCAACAUUUGUUUUUAUAACAAUACACCAUACUUUCACCCAAAACGAUAAAUUAAAAAAAGUUU